AUGGCAAAUGGGAGAAUUCUAAGCAAAAGGGAACAAGUCUCUCGACGUGAAAUGGUUGAUCGCGAUCUUUCCAUUGAUCCAAGGGUUGAUUUACCAAGAAAUGAAGAAAAAGUUCAAGAAGUUCAAGAAGUUGCCCGGGUAGAGCUGCCAAGUACACCAGUGAGUAGGCAUCGGAGACAAGAAUUGCUGAAAUCGACUCUAACUUUCGGCGGUGAGGCAUCAACAAGAAGCGAAGUCAAGAAAAGCACUCACACUUCAACAACAACAACAACAAAGCAAAUCGCUCAAUCCGCGUCUUCAAAUGUUGAUGCUUCUCAUGAAUCGACAAUCUCAAAAUCUUCUCCAUUGACUGUAAAAGAACACUUCGAAACGGCCACUUCGACGACUCUGACCUCUCCUCAUCAAACCCCACUCAACUCUCCCGAUUCGCUAGUCAAGAUUGAGGCAAAUAUCGAGAAAUUCUCCAGUGGCUAUCAGAGUCAAGAUUCUCCUGUCUCAAUCUCAUCUCGAGCCACUAAUACUCCAUCAUAUGCUCGACCAACUCAAUCUGCUCGUCAAAAACAAUCCAAUCAAAUCACUCAUGCACAUGAAGCUUUCAUUUCACAGAGCUCUUCUGUGAAUCGAUCUGAAUAUGGAGCUGUGACCAAGGGAGAAAGAGCUGAGAUCCGACGACCACAGGAAAAUCAAAUCUUUGAGAAAAGCGCAAGUGGGGCGUUGAAUGUGUCGAUGACGAGAAGUGAGUACUCCCCAAAGAGAGGUGAUCGGUAUGAUGUGAAACGACCACAAGACAACACGAUAUUCGAUCGAUCUGGCCAAAUUGAUUCGACGACGGUGAAUCGGACAGAGUAUUCUCAUCAAAAGGGUGAACGAUACGAGACUCGACGACCAAAAGAGAAUCAAAUCUUUCAGGGUGGAGAAGUCGAGAAAAACACGGUGACGAGAAGCGAUUAUAAAGCAAAGAAAGGGGAACGUUACGAUGUGGUGAAACCGAAAGAAUCGGAUCUGUUGAAAGGUGAUGGACAAUUCGACGGAGAAACGCAACACAGAAAAGACUAUCAAAUUGGUAAAGGAGAACGGUUUGAGACUGUGAAACCGGGUGUGUCGGAGAUAUGGAAAAAUGAGGGAGUCCAAAGAUCGGUGUUCGUCAUGAGAUUCGACGACCGAAGAGAGUCUGACAUUUUGAAGUGGGAAGGAGAUUUUGAGGGGAAAACACAGCAUCAAAGUGAUUAUCAAGGAGGGAAAGGAGAACGGUAUGAAAUGAUUCGUCCCGAAGCAUCAGAAAUCUGGAAGCAAGAAGGAGGAUUGGAAAGAACAACGGUGAAUAGAAGUGAUUAUGAUGUGAAGACUGGGGAAAGAUACGAUGUUGUGAAACCAAGAGAAUCAGAUAUUUUGAAAGGAGAUGGAACAUUUGAAGGAAUAACUCAACAUCAGAAUGAUUAUCAAGUGGGAAGAGGUGAAAGAUAUGAAACUGUUCGACUGACAACUUCAGAAAUCUGGAAAAAUGAUGGAAAGAUGGAAAAAAUAACGGUGAACCGAGGAGACUAUGAGAUGAAGACGGGAGAACGGUAUGAUAUUGUGAGACCAAAAGAAUCAGAUUUGUUGAAAGGUGAUGGAACGUUUGAGGGAAGGACACAAAAUCAAAGUGAUUACCGGGGAGGAGUUGGGGAUCGGCAUGAAACUGUAAGGAGAGAUGAAUCGGAUAUUUGGAAAAAGGAUGGAAAAGUUGAGAGCACGACGGUGAAUAGGAGUGAAUAUAAUGUGAAAGCUGGUGAAAGAUAUGAUGUUGUGAAGCCAAAAGAAUCAGAUUUGUUGAAAGGUGACGGUACUUUCGAUGGUCAAACACAGAAUCAGAAGGAUUACCGGGGAGGAGUUGGGGAUCGGUACGAAACUGUAAGGAGAGAUGAAUCGGAUAUUUGGAAAAAGGAUGGAAAAGUUGAGAGCACGACGGUGAAUAGAAGUGAUUAUGAUGUGAAGACGGGAGAACGGUAUGAUGUCGUGAAAGCAAAGGAAUCGGAUUUAUUGAAAGGCGACGGUACUUUCGAUGGUCAAACACAGAAUCAGAAGGAUUACCGGGGAGGAGUUGGGGAUCGGUAUGAAACUGUAAGGAGAGAUGAAUCGGAUAUUUGGAAAUCUGAAAGUGGAUUGGAAAAGGAUACGGUAAACAGAAGUGAAUACAAUGCAAAAACAGGAGAAAGAUAUGAUGUUGUGAGACCAAAAGAGUCUGAUUUAUUGAAAGGAGAUGGAGCAUUUGACGGUCAAACACAGCAUCAUAAAGAUUAUCAGGGUGGUAAAGGAGAACGAUAUGAAUCAGUUCGUCCAUCCACAUCUGAGAUUUGGAAGACUGCGGGGGCUAUGGAAAAUAUGACAAUCAACAGAAGUGAAUAUGAAGGAAAGGCUGGUGAAAGAUAUGAUGUUGUGAGACCAAAAGAAUCAGAUCUUUUGAAAGGUGAUGGACAAUUUGACGGUCAGACUCAGCAUCAUAAAGAUUAUCAAGGUGGGAAAGGGGAAAGAUAUGAAACGGUGAAGAGGGAUGCUUCUGAAAUUUGGAAACAAGAAGGAAAACUGGAUAAUGCAACGGUGAAUAGAAGUGAUUAUGAUGUGAAGACUGGGGAAAGAUAUGAUGUUGUGAAACCAAGAGAAUCAGAUAUUUUGAAAGGUGAUGGAACGUUUGAGGGAAGGACACAAAAUCAGAAUGAUUUCCGGGGAGGAGUUGGGGAUCGAUAUGAAACUGUGAAGAGAGAUGAAUCGGAUAUUUGGAGAGUUGAGGGUGGUUUGGAAAACACGACAGUCAAUCGAAGCGAAUACAAUGCAAAAACAGGAGAAAGAUAUGAAGUGAGACGGCCACGAGAGUCCGAUCUAUUGAAAGGAGACGGGGUAUUUGAUGGUGAGACACAACAUCACAAAGAUUAUCAAGUUGGUAGAGGGGAACGAUUCGAGACAGUAAAGCCAGAGACAUCAGAAAUUUGGAAACAGGAAGGUGGAAUGGAAAGAAAUACUGUGAAUAGAAGUGAAUACAAUGUGAAAGCUGGCGAACGGUAUGAUGUCGUUCGACCAAAAGAGUCUGAUUUAUUGAAAGGUGAUGGAGCUUUUGAAGGCACCACGCAAAAUCAAAAAGAUUUUCAAGGUGGAAAAGGAGAACGAUUUGAUACAAUAAAGCAUGAAGAAUCCAAAAUUUGGGAGAAAGAAGGAGAUUUUGAAAAGUCGACCGUGAAUCGUGGUGAGUACGGUAUGAAAAUUGUUGAUCGACCUGAAGCUGUUAGACCGAGAGAGUCUGAUCUUCUCAAAGGUGAUGGACAAUUUGAUGGACAGACACAACAUCACAAAGACUAUCAAGGUGCGAAAGGGGAAAGAUAUGAAAUUGUAAAGCAUGAAGAUUCUGAUAUUUGGAAGACUGAGGGUGGAUUAGAAAAAAGAACCGUCAAUCAUGGCGACUAUGGUAUUAAAGUGGGAGAUCGAUCUGAACCUGUUAGACCAAAAGAGUCUGAUCUUUUAAAAGGUGAUGGAAAAUUCGAUGGGCAAACACAACACCAUAAAGACUACCAAGGUGGACACGGUGAUAGAUAUGCGACGGUAAAACAUGAAGCUUCAGAUAUUUGGAAAUCUGAAAGUGGAUUGGAAAAGGAUACUGUAAACAGAAGAGAAUACAACGUGAAAGCGGGAGAAAGAUAUGAUGUUGUGAGACCAAAAGAGUCUGAUUUAUUGAAAGGAGAUGGAGCAUUUGACGGUCAAACACAGCAUCAUAAAGAUUAUCAGGGUGGUAAAGGAGAGCGAUAUGAAGCAGUUCGUCCAUCCACAUCUGAGAUUUGGAAGACCGCGGGGACAAUGGAAAACAUGACAAUCAACAGAAGUGAAUAUGAAGGAAAGGCUGGUGAAAGAUAUGGUGUUGUGAGACCAAAAGAAUCAGAUCUUUUGAAAGGUGAUGGACAAUUUGACGGUCAGACACAGCAUCAUAAAGAUUAUCAAGGUGGGAAAGGGGAAAGAUAUGAAACGGUGAAGAGGGAUGCUUCUGAAAUUUGGAAACAAGAAGGAGCACUUGAAAAUACAACAGUGAAUAGAAGUGAAUACAAUGUGAAAGCCGGAGAACGGUAUGAUGUUGUGAAACCAAGAGAAUCAGAUAUUUUGAAAGGAGAUGGUACUUUUGAAGGAAGAACUCAACAUCAGAAUGAUUACCAAGCGGGCGCUGGUGAAAGGUUUGAAACUGUAAAAAGGGAUGCUUCUGAUAUCUGGAAGCAAGAAGGAGGAUUGGAAAGAACAACGGUGAAUAGAAGUGAUUAUGAUGUGAAGACUGGAGAAAGAUACGAUGUUGUGAAACCAAGAGAAUCAGAUAUUUUGAAAGGAGAUGGACAAUUUGACGGUCAGACACAGCAUCAUAAAGAUUAUCAAGGUGGAAGAGGUGAACGAUAUGAAACUGUUCGUCCGGCAACUUCAGAAAUCUGGAAAAAUGAGGGAAAGAUGGAAAAAACAACGGUGAAUCGAGGAGACUAUGAAGUGAAGACGGGAGAACGGUUUGAUAUUGUGAAGCCAAAAGAAUCAGAUUUGUUGAAAGGUGACGGUACUUUCGAUGGUCAAACACAGAAUCAGAAGGAUUACCGGGGAGGAGUUGGGGAUCGGUACGAAACUGUAAGGAGAGAUGAAUCCGAUAUUUGGAAAAAGGAUGGAAAAGUUGAGAACACGACGGUGAAUAGGAGUGAAUAUAAUGUGAAAGCUGGUGAAAGAUAUGAUGUUGUCAAAGCAAAGGAAUCUGAUUUAUUGAAAGGUGACGGUACUUUUGAUGGUCAAACACAGAACCAGAAGGAUUUUCAAAGCGGGAAAGCUGAACGUUAUGAAACAGUGAGACCAUCAACUUCUGAAAUUUGGAAAAAUGAUGGAAAUGUGGAGAAAACAACGGUUAAUAGAAGUGAAUAUACAGUGAAGGCUGGGGAAAGAUAUGAUGUUGUGAGACCAAAAGAAUCAGAUCUUUUGAAAGGUGAUGGACAAUUUGACGGUCAGACACAGCAUCAUAAAGAUUAUCAAGGUGGGAAAGGGGAAAGAUAUGAAACGGUGAAGAGAGAUGCUUCUGAAAUUUGGAAACAAGAAGGAGCAUUUGAAAAUACAACAGUGAAUAGAAGUGAGUUCCGUAUCAAAGCUGGAGAGCGAUACGAGAUGGUGAAGCCGAUCGAAUCCGAUCUAUUGAAGGGUGACAGUAGAUUUGAUGGAGUCACUCAAAACCAAAAAGAUUAUCAAGCAUCAACCGGUGAAAGAUAUGAAGCCUCUCGACCAAAGACUUCUGAUAUUUGGAAAACAUCGGGAGCAUUUGAAAACACGACAAUCAAUAGAAGUGAAUAUAAUAACAAGAUUGGAGAACGGUUUGAUGUGGUGAAACCAAAAGAAUCAAAUCUUUUGAAAGGUUCUGGGGCAUUUGAUGCAAAGACACAACAUCAAAUGGAUUACAGCGGUAUGAAAGGGGAUCGAUUUGAUGCUGUGAAACCAAAGGAUUCGGCUUUGUUCAAGAGCAAUGAGAAGUUCUUGGUCGAUUCAGUGCAUCGUUGUGAAUUCACUGGAGCUCCGGGCGAACGUUUUGAGCGACGAGUGCCGAGUGAUUCUCUCCGUGCUGGUGGAGGGGAUUUUGACGGAAAUACACAGUAUUCAAUGGAUAACAAAUGGAGAAAUGGACAGACUGGAAGUCAAGGGAACAUCCCAACUCUUCCUCCAUUGAUCCCAGCAAAACCGAUUCAAACUCGAUCCACCGAAUCUCUCUUCAUUGACACGAAUAUGGACUUUGGGACAAACUAUCGCCAAGCCUAUCAAGCUUGUCAUUCGGAUAUGAGAAUGAAACCGAUUCGAAGAGACGAUAAUCUGACCACUCCUGGCGGAGCCAUGGCUGAAUCGUCUGAAUACAAACUGACGUAUGUUCCACAAAAAGGUGUUCGAAAUCAAGCCUGUCGUCCAUCAUCAUCUCUUCAUCCGGAAGGAGAAAGAACUCUUGGAAGCAGUUACGAUAUGGAUUUCCGUUUCAAAGAAGUGCAAUGUUUGGCGGGAGAGCUAUUGGAUAGUGUGACGAAAGAUCACACGGACACUCGGCAUUUCCGUUUUCGUCGUCAACACGGCGUUCAUCAUUUCUACGAUCCAAAAUCGAAUAGCGCAUCAGCAAGAACGGAAUCUUCU